CUACUGUCAGUUUAAUUACGUGUAUUAUUUCAAAUAAUGACAUUAAUGACCACGUGAUGAAAUCCAUGUAUAUAAGGCUUUGUGUUUACAAUACUGUACUAUGAACGAAACACGAUGAACAUUUCACUAGCAGCUCUUGUGAUACUGUCUUGUUAUUUACAGAUUAACCAGGUCCAGUCACAAUACGGAUCAUGUUACGGAGGGCAGCCUGUGUGUGGUAUCAACGGGAGGACGUACAGGAAUGAAUGUGUGGCUAGACGAAGAGGCAUCACCAUAGCAUGCCGAAGAAGGUGUCCUUGUAGGUCAGACUGUAUCUGUACCGCGGAAUACCAACCUGUGUGUGGAGGAAAUGGUCAAACCUACAGCAACAGUUGCAUGGCCAGAUGCGCAGGCACCACCAUAGCAUGCCGAAGAAGGUGUCCGUGUAGGUCUGACUGUAUCUGUACCGAGGAAUACCAACCUGUGUGUGGAGAAAAUGGUCAAACCUACAGCAACAGUUGCAAGGCUAGAUGCGCGGGUGUUAGAGUACAAUGUCCUUGGAGGUGUCCUUGCUUUGUUAUUGGAAAGUAAUCCGAUUUCGGAUAGAAGACAACAGUAUGGUCGCAUCGACAGUGGUCAUAUACAACUCCCUACCUAUCUAGCCACGAAGUUCCGGAGAGGGGGGCUGCUUGACUAAAAUUUACGACUGUGUCACUCAUUACUUGACAAAUUAAGCAUGCAGACUAAGUCAUUAAAUCUCCCUAACAGGAAUUCUUCAGCAACGAUCUAAGGAACAGAAUACAAAUAUAUAACAGACAGGUGUCAGGAAAACAGGUUGAAGUGUUUCAGAUUUAAAUAUUUCACUAGCAUACAUAUAUAGAGUUUUGAUAUGCGACCUAAUGUGCCAUAUUUAAUCAAAAUUUAUCUUAACAAGGAAAAAUAAAGCAUUUGAUUGAA